CGAUACAUCAUGAAGAUAUAAGAUAAGGGUUUGGCACAUCAUAUAAUGUCUCACUAAACUCAUAAUCAAAUAUUCAAGUCUUUUGAUAAACUUAACACGUAUGCAAAAGUUAUCACGGAGGUUAUUAUAAGAUUCGAUAGUACAAUUAAUUUGAACAAUCCGUUUGACGCUAAAUAUAUCUGAUUAAUUACUGCAACUGUGUGCAGGAACCUUUAGAUCAACGCCAUUUUUAGGAGGUGUAGGUUGUGUGGUGGAAGAAAAGUUGGGCCACGUAGUUACUUUAUGGGAGAAGAUUUAAAUUUCAUAUCUGUAUUAUUAGACUCGAAUUUAUUCAAUACUGUAAAUACAAGUUAUACAGUGCAAAAUGCCACUGAGGUUAGAUAUCAAGCGAAAAUUGACCGCUAGGUCGGACAGGGUAAAGAGCGUGGACCUUCACCCUACAGAACCAUGGAUGCUCUGUUCCUUGUAUCAAGGAAACGUUAAUAUUUGGAAUCAUGAAACUCAGACGCUGGCUAAAACAUUUGAAGUAUGUGACUUACCAGUUCGUACAGCCAAAUUUGUACCACGCAAGAAUUGGGUUGUUACUGGUUCAGAUGAUAUGCAAGUUAGAGUAUUUAAUUAUAAUACUUUGGAACGUGUGCAUUCUUUCGAGGCACAUAGUGACUAUGUCAGAUGUAUUGCAGUACAUCCAACACAACCAUUUAUAUUAACAAGUAGUGAUGAUAUGCUAAUCAAAUUGUGGAACUGGGAAAAAGGUUGGAUAGCACAACAGGUGUUUGAAGGACACACACACUAUGUAAUGCAAGUAGUAUUCAAUCCAAAAGAUAAUAAUACAUUUGCAAGUGCUUCAUUAGACAGAACAGUGAAAGUAUGGCAGCUUGGAUCUUCCACGGCCAAUUUCACACUAGAUGGUCAUGAGAAAGGUGUAAAUUGUGUUGAUUACUACCAUGGUGGAGACAAACCAUACUUAAUAUCAGGAGCAGACGAUAACUAUGUCAAAAUUUGGGAUUAUCAAAAUAAAACUUGUGUACAGACACUAGAAGGACACACACAAAAUAUUUGUGCUGUUUGUUUUCAUCCAGAAUUGCCCAUCAUUCUUACGGGUUCUGAAGAUGGAACUGUUCGAAUAUGGCAUGCUGGAACAUACAGAUUGGAAUCUUCCCUUAAUUAUGGUUUUGAGAGAGUAUGGACAAUCGCUUGUUUAAAGGGCUCAAACAAUGUUGCAAUUGGUUAUGAUGAGAGUAGUGUUAUAGUAAAAGUUGGUAGAGAAGAGCCUGCAGUUUCAAUGGAUUCAUUAGGUGGCAAGAUCGUCUGGGCAAAACACAGUGAAAUACAGCAAGUGAACUUGAAAGCUUUGGGAGAGGAAACACAAGAUGGAGAGAGACUUCCAUUGGCUGUUAAAGACAUGGGUGCCUGUGAAAUUUAUCCACAAACUAUCCAGCAUAAUCCGAAUGGAAGAUUCUUGGUAGUUUGUGGGGAUGGAGAGUACAUUAUUUACACAUCUAUGGCAUUAAGAAAUAAAGCUUUUGGUCAAGCAUCGGAAUUCAUCUGGGCAGCUGAUUCAAGUCAGUAUGCUGUCAGAGAAAGUAAUACCACUGUAAAAGUCUUCAAGAACUUCAAAGAAAAGAAGAGCUUUAAGCCUGAUUUUGGUGCUGAUGGUAUUUUUGGUGGAUUUUUGUUGGGCGUUUCUUCUGGAUCUGGUCUAUCAUUUUUCGACUGGGACACGCUUAAGUUAGUUCGUCGUAUAGACAUUCAACCUACACAUGUCUAUUGGGCCGAAAAUGCCUCUCUGGUAGCAUUAGCUACAUCUGAUCAAUACUUUAUUUUAAAAUACCAUGCUGAUGCAGUUGCAAAUGCUCCAGAAAAUUCAGAAGACAUUGAAGAUGCUUUUGAGAUGGUAGCAGAAAUGAGUGAAACUGUGAAAACUGGUCUAUGGGUCGGUGACUGCUUCAUUUACACAAAUAGCGUAAAUCGGAUAAACUAUUUCGUCGGUGGAGAAGUUGUGACUGUAUCACACUUAGAUAGACCAAUGUAUCUUCUUGGAUAUGUCCCGAGGGACAACAGAUUGUAUCUGUGCGACAAGGAACUGUCAGUUGUCUCGUAUUCGUUAUUAUUAUCUGUAUUAGAAUACCAGACUGCUGUUAUGCGAAAAGAUUUCGAGACAGCAGACAGAGUUCUUCCCACAGUUCCCAAGGAACAUCGUACGCGAGUGGCUCAUUUCUUGGAAAAACAAGGUUUCAAAGAACAAGCAUUGGCUGUGUCCACGGAUCCAGAACACAGGUUUGAAUUGGCUCUGGCAUUGGGAGACCUCGUAACGGCGCACUCGCUUGCAAAGGAAGCGAAUAGCCAGCAAAAAUGGCGGCAAUUGGCGUCUCUCGCCACUCAGAAAGGAAAAUUGUGCUUAGCACAAGAAUGUUUGCAUCAGGCGCAAGAUUUCGGUGGGCUCCUACUGCUUGCCACAAGUACAGGAAACGCGAAUAUGAUUCAAAAACUAGGCUCGGACGCUAAUGAUAUGGGCAAGAAUAAUAUUUCUUUCUUGUCAUAUUUUAUUCUUGGAGACCUCGACAAGUGUCAGGAAAUCCUUCUAAAAACGGACAGAAUUCCAGAGGCUGCGUUCUUUGCACGAACGUACGCUCCUAGUAAAGUUUCAUCGAUUGUAAAAUUAUGGAAGGAGAAACUCUCGUCUGUGAGCAAGAAAGCUGGACAGAGCUUGGCUGAUCCUGAACAGUACGAAAACCUGUUUCCUGGAUACAGAGAAGCGUUGAAGGUCGAACAGUUCCUUAGAGAGGAGAGUAAGAAGAAGGUUCCGGCAUCUGCAUUCCCGACUAUGAAACCGAAUGUCGAACGAAAUCCAUUCGAGGAGAUGCUAGCUGCUGAGCAGGCGAAUCGGUUCACCUACAAAGCGGCUACAAGUACAACUGACGAAGCAGAAGAAUCAACCACCGAAAUGAUAAUGAAUAGGCUACAGGAUCUCGAUAUUGGUAAGGUAAUCCCAUCGUCUACGGGAAAAUCGAAUUUUCCCGAGAAGAUUACGAAGACCACCAGCAGCUCUAGACCAUUAACCAUGGACGAGGACGAUCUGGAUCUCGAUCUUGAAAUCGAUGAUACUAUAGAUACUACUUGCUUCUACAUACACAAAGGUGUGAAUCUCGAUGAUGACCUCCUCGAGGAAGACUAGCCCGUCGAUUGGAAUACCUUUCUCCUGUUAAUCAUUCCUUGCGAGCCAACCAGAAUUGUUUAGAGAAAAUCAAGUAUUAAAGAGAGAAGAAACCGUCGAAGAAUGUUUUUAUGCGCGAGUGUUUCUAUCAUGCACAAUAUUCAGCAUGUGCACACAGACUUUAUCCAUGUACUGAGAAUUAUAUAUAUUGUAAUAUAACAAAACAUUCACAUAA